UCGUUCUUCCUGCGCACGACACUUUUAAAAUUUCUGGAAAAGAAAUGCACAAACGACGUCCGGAAUGUUUCGUGAUUUUAAAUUUUGUUCAUCCGUAAACGAUAAAUUGCGUUCACCAGGCUAUUUCAGAGCGUGUUACUCAUAAAAACUGCCGGUAUUAACUUCCAUCUGUCAUCGAGCGUCUCACUGGUGUUUGCACAGUGGAGCAAGAAAAAGACAACAGUGAUGUUAAUACAACGUGAGCUUGUUUCUUGUCCCUUGUAAUUAGUCGCAGUUGCGAAUACGCCACCGAAAAUGGUGACGUUGUUCGGAAAACAGAAUGAAAUGACGUUGAAUUUAACCAGUAAUGAUUCUCGUCAGGACAACGAUGACUUAAAUAUGGGGCUUGCAACACCUGCAAGAGGAUUUCUGAUAAUUUUAAACAUCACGCUCGCCAUCCUUGGAAACUUUUUCAUCAUUUUGACUUAUUGCCGUAACUUCAAAAUGCGAACGACCACCAAUACUCUUGUGGUAAGCUUGUGUAUCUCCGAUCUGCUCUCUGCCAUAUCAGACGCUCCAUUUUGGAUCGCUCUCUUCGCAAAAGACUUGAUUUAUUCAAAUUUUGUUGUAUGUCGGGUUCUGCUCUCAUUUCAAGACUUGUUCGUGGUGGCUGCUCUACUGAAUAUGUGCGGCAUCGCGCUGGAUCGGUUUAUAAUACUAGUCAAGGGACUGAGACGAAAAAUGACUCGAAAGCGGGCGCGUAUGAUAGUGUUGUGGUCGUGGUUACAAGCCAUUCUUUCCGCCUUGCCUUGGUGUCUGGUCAGUAGCACAUGCAAAGGGAGAUGUUAUUCGUUCUUCCCUCAUAUUUACGAGCCAGAAAUAACUCCUCGAAUGAUCAACAUUAUGUUCAAAUCAAGCAAUUUAGUUCUGCCAAUUUUAAUCAUUUACUACGUGUUCAUCCGCAUUCUAAACUCCGUCAGAAGCAGCCGGAAAGUAAACUUGGAGAACAGUUACAUUUCGCGAAAUAGUAGCGCCGAGAGGUUUGCCGUGGAUGCCUACAAACGAUCAUCGAAAACUGCUAUAAUCUUAUUUACUAUGUUUUUAUUCUGUACAUUAUCCUAUGUAAGUGUUGCGUUUUACUCCGUUUUCACGGGAAACCCGUUAAUUGAUUUUAGCGCCGGCUUCGCCAUUUAUUUUAUUUUUUCACUUAAGCGAUCGCUUUUUCCUGCAAUAUACAUAUUUAGGAACAGGAUGAUUGUAAGCUAUUUACAAGAAACACUUCGGUGUGGAAUUUGUCUAGGAAGUUCAAGUUCGAACCCACGAAAUUCAUUUGCCUACACAGCUAACAACAAUAGCUCUUGUUUGUCAGCGUUUUGGAGAAGUUCCUGUCGUACUCGGGUUCAUCCUGCUGUUUAUGACGGAGAACACCGCCAGUAUCCAAAACACCUGGAUAUGUAUUUCAUGGGAAGCGUCAGGGACACAAAAUCUAUCAUUGAGGAUCAAUUUGUCAACAUUGUAGCAGUCGAAAGAAGAGAGAAUGAAUUUGAAGUACACAGCGAGGCAACCAAUAACAUUGUUAUGGCACCUUCAAGUGCUCUUACCUGUGGCAAUCCUUAAAUUGUUAUAUCAACUAUAAAAAAGCAAAAUAUAUUUUGCUUAGCAGAUCCCUGCUCUGUCGUGUGUACAAAACGAAAUUUGUGUUACCAUCGGACAGAAGCGUCUUUUAAUCCAAAUUAUAAAUGAAUUAAAUUUACUUUUUAUUUUAUCUACAAUCAUAGAGGAUAAAUUCACCAACACUUUCUCACCCUGCAAGAA